UUUGGAAGGAGAGUAUCUCCAUUGUGAUCUCGAUUCUGCAUGUGGGUAGCGCGCGGCCUGCCGAGGGUAGUCAAGCGUGAAAAUGAUGAGGAUGUUGUGGGUUUCAGCGCCCUCGGACACUGGAAAGUCGAUGUGACGUCGACGUACAUCCAGCUGCGGUGCAUGCACCACAAAGACGCACCGCCGUAUCGUCCACAUCGACUGUCGCGACAGACAGGGUCGACCCCGCUCGCGUGCGCGUUCCUUCCACAUGCAGACACCUCUCGCAUUGUGGUCCUUACCUCUACCACGUUGGAAAUGUACAGCUACGCGUUGGAUUUGACGGAUGGGGUGCGGCUUCACGCGCACGAAUCCAUUGCGUUCGCAGGAAAGGACGGCGACACUGAAGUAGGGCGAUGUCUUGCCGUGAACGAAGAUCACAUCUUUGUCGGGACGUCCACGGCACGAAUCAUGGUCUUUCGCUGGGCGUUCAUGGGCCACGGCGGCGUUGUUGUUUCUCCACUCCUUGUAGAAAACAGCUCCAAUUCUCCUUACACCACGACAUCGGAUGCCGCGUCGAUUCAAUGCACUUCCAUUGCAUGCAACUUGUCGUUUCAAUUGUCUAGCCACGUCGUAGUUGCUGUGACGUUGUCGAACGGGAAGUGUGUCUUAGUGACAUUGGCGUCUCCAGCGGAAUCGUCGGGGGCGUUGCACUUUCAAAGCGUGGAGAGGGUGCCGCCGCCGCCUGCGUCCGCCUUAUUUUCCGCCGUCGCGAUGGAUGCAGGUGCCGGUCUUCUGGCAGUGGGGGCAACUGACAGCACUGUGCGGGUGUUUCGGCUCCAUCAUCCCAAGAAAGCAGCGCCGCGCCGCUCAGCCUCGUCCAUGGUGGACCUACCAGGUCUCUUACAAAGCGAAGGAAACAUGCAUGUCCAGCUGCUGUCGCUGGGGUCGUGGGGGUAUUCUAGCGACGAGUUGGGGCAUGUGUCGAGUCUGGCGUUCACUGAAGACGGGCGUGCGGUUGCGAUUGGAUAUGCCCAUCGUGGCUUCAGUGUGUUUUCUACGGACGGAUGCAAACUCAUGUCGUCGCUGCCGCAACAACUGGGCGACGUUUCCCACAAUGAAAUCGCUGCGUACGGUGUCGAGCGAGUGAGCUGGACGUAUGCCACGACCUCGUUGGUGAUUAUUCCCAACCGAUUCUGUGCCCCCGCCAAGCCAGUCGAAGUAGCAUCGAGUCGCGAUCCCCCGUUGUGUCAUAUGGUGGAUGUCCAGCUAGUCAAAGACGCGGACGGGUUGUGCUUGUCGUUGGCGGGGGAACCCAACCAAACGGGCGCGUGGGUGCGGCCUGAAGCGCCGUUUGUCCCUCGCCAGUCCACUGGCGGUCCUGGUCCUGCCCAACUCUGCACGAAACUGCACGGCGGCGAGCUGUUGUUGUCGAUUGAUGGAGUGUCCGUGUGGCAAUCUCCAUUUGACGCGAUCGUGCACCAACUCCAAGCGAUUCCGGCUGGAUCGACGGUGGCUCUAGCCUUCCUCAAAGUCUCGUCCAAGCAAGUGUUUCCACUGGCCGUGGCCGCGAUCGAAUCGUUUCGUGAAUCGGACAAGUUGCUUGUAUGGACUGCUGACCACUCAAUUUACGAGUACAGUUUACGCAUGCAAGCGCUGUAUGGAGACUGUCCGGUGGCGUCGGCUCCGUCGUCGCUCGUGGACUCUGACGCCCACGCCAAGUUCAAUGGGUGGACAGCGUUGCGCGAAUGCUCAAAAGACGUGGCCAUGCACCGGUAUAUCAAGCUGUACUUGAGUCUGUUUCCGACCAUACAUCCCCAGCAAGCGUUGGAGAACCUCGUUCAACCAGAUGCGUCGUCUGUAGAGUCGAACGAGGUGGUGACGUCGACGGCGGUGGUGCUGCUGCUGGACUUUGCCAGAUCUGUGCUUCCCCUCGACCGGAGUGCGUUGCAUUUGGUAGAGUCGGACGCGGUCGUGAUGGUCGCCACUCAAAGCUGCAACGAUCCGUGUGGCGUGCUGAGCUCCGCGACUGUCCCUGUUCCAUCAGCGUAUGCCCAGGCCAAUCGUCCAUUGCAGCAUGUGGCCGUGAACGCUGCCGACUCGCGGCUCAUCGUAGCGGGUACCCGAGGGUUCGUCCUCUUCAACAAGCGCACAAGCAAAUGGCUCCUGUUUGGAAGUGAAUUGGAAGAGCAAUCGUUUGCGGUUGUGGCGAUGGCGUGGUGGAGAGAUGACGCGAUCGUCGCGCUGGUUCGAACAACAACGGCGUCGCAGCUCUUUCUCGACGUCUUUCCCCGCAACCGACUGGAUUUGGACUCUCGAAAAGCGCACAUUGCCAUCUCGGACAACGUGUAUGCCGUCACCGUCGACGACAAUGCCGUGUACUGCUUGUCCACGUCCAAGUUGUGGGUGUACCGCAUCACCAGCAGCGGCACCGUCGAGAGCUCUACCGACGCUUUUCAGUUGUCGCUGCAGUUGUGCCGGACAGAGCCGCUGCCUCUGUGCAAUGCCAUACAAGGACACGCGCGAUGUCUUCGUGCGAUCCCGCGGCUGACCCGGCGAUCGGGGCACUCGGUUGAAUCCUCGUCGUGGUUUGGAGGGGCGGUCUGGUCGUCGCUCUUUUCCGACUCGACCAAUCAAUGGACUCUACCGCGCUUUCUCGUCCUUGACCAAGUGAAUGACGCGUACUUGUGGGACCCUGAAACCAAAAUCCAAACGCUGGUCGCCAACGACAUCACCCAAAUAUCCCACGUGUCGCCUCCAGAAUGGCCGCUUGUGUGCUCCCAUGUCGUGGGGCUGUACGGUCGACACGGGUACCGCGUGUGGUGGCCGUUCCUGGACGGAAUUGCGUUUGCUCCUCCAGUGGACCACGACAUUGUGCUGCAAUUUCUCCAAGCCAACGACCCGCUUCGCGCAAAGUACAUUGCCACGUCGCAUGCCAACGCUUUGACAUGGGAUGCCUAUGUGGGGUUGUUGGCCGAGUAUGGCGUCCACGUCCAACACGGGAGCGAGAGUGCCGUUACUCCGUCGAGUACUUUGUCGUCCAUGCUGGUCGAUCCCCUGCUUCGAUUCAACCCUGAAGUGCAAAUUCUUGGGAUUUUGCCCGACUUUGGUGUCCUCGUGGGUGCAUUCCAAGAGAAUUACACGGGUGUGUUGGACUUAUCCUGCCGCGUGCAGCCGUUUGUACACACGACAGUUUGCAAUUUGCUGCUCCACCACCAGACAGACCUGGCAGCGGCGAUUUUGAAAGCCAUGCCUCGACAAUGUGCGCUGACAACGCUGACGCUAGAGCUGGUUCUUGUGGCGAUAUUGGACAAGUGCUUCGAGUCGAAAUGGAGCGUGGCGGUGCUAGAGAUGGCGCUGACGCUGCUCCAGAAAACAGACCAGGACAUGGAAACGUACUGCGAAAUCGUGGCCAACGUGGCUCGCAAGGUCGAGCCGAACCGGCUGCCGCUGCUGUUUCCACUGGCGGGAGACCCCACGCAGUUGCUGCAGCUUUGUCGCCAGCGCAACGAAGUUCGAACGGUGCAUUGCAUGCCCCCUUGUUGUUUCAAUGGAAUACCCAUCUCUGACAAAUAUAUAUAUAUUGUCUUCGGGAGAUAUAAGUCAUUAGAUUUUUAUUCCCAUGUUUGUCUUAUACAUAAAUGCCAUGAUAAAUCAACUCAAUUUAUAUAUAUAGCCAUGAGAAAUCAAUUCAAUAUUUUAUGCUGUGCGAUAGGCGGCCAACUUUUUGUUGUGUCUGGACGAAUCCCCCGUCGCAACUGAAUCGUCCAAACAUAUGAUUCGACCACGAACAAAUAGCUACGCGCAAUUUCAAUCUCGCAGUGCGCUGGCGUUUGAGUUGUUGGUGGAUUGCUGUGAAAAGGACCAAUUGCCGCUGGCGUUGCAAGUGGUCCGAGUGGCGAGGGCGUGGGAGCCCGAUCAUUAUCGGUCUCACACCAAGGACAACCAACAGUAUGACAGGUUCAUUGACGAGCAAGUGGGCAAGUAUGCGUUCCAGAUGCUGGUGCAGCACCGAUUUGACAAAGUGGUGUGGCUGUUGACCCAAGUCGAAGCCACGUUGCCGACCCUGCACGGCCAAGAGCUAGGGAUCACGGACAAAAACAUCCCAAUCAUUCAAACGCGAUUGCUGGCGUUGUUGUCGCAGGCCCAAAUGAGAAAACUACACGCGGGAGUGGUAGCUGCUCGGUAUGAGCAGUGGGCGGCACUGAUUAAGAACUUGCUCGAACAAUCGCCAGCCAAAUUCAAUCGACAGCAACCAACUACCACACAAUAAGACCCAACGUGAGUCAAUCUGAAUCUCCUGCACUAGGUGUAACCCUUCUUGUUUAUAAUUCCUGCACCUUCUACGACCUCCGCCGUCCAAAGUAUUUUAUGUUGCUCUCGUGCA